AUGAGUCUCCAUAAUGAGUGUCAACGACAACAGCUGCGUGGCUCAAACUCUGCAAAGCCACAAACAUUUUGGACCAUCUGUCCAACUUGUGGCACCAAAUAUCAGUACCACCAUGCAAUUUUGUUGAAAUUUGUCCGCUGCCAGAAUUGCUCGAAGCCCUUUAUAGCACAUGUUUCAACUGAGCAACCUGCUCCUUCUGGUCCAGAUCAACAGUUUGCUGGGGUGUGGAAAAAUGCAGGAAUAUUUUCAGAAAUUAGAUCGCUUCAGAAGUUCGAACCUGGGCAGGUCUGGGCACUCUACAGUGACAAAGAUAAGUGUCCCAACUGCUAUGCCUUGAUACAGAAAGUUGAUCUCAAGAACAAUAAAGUACAUGCAAGAUGGCUGGAAGUUUGUCCUGAUGGGGAGGUGGAGAAAAGAUUGGUAGAAGAUCGAACUGUUGGGUGCGGAACAUAUAGGGUCUCCACCACCCGUGGUAUUACGAUUUACACCGACACGAAACACUUUUCUCAUCCUGUACAUGCCAUAUUCACUGGUAGAAGGAACUCUUAUGAGAUAUAUCCUAGGAAAGGUGAAGUUUGGGCCCUUCUCAAGGGAUGGGAUAUUUGUUGGAGUUCAGAUGCUCACAACCAAAAGAACUACAAAUAUGAAGUUGUUCAGGUCCUCUCUGAUUUCACGACAGGCACCAGUAUCGUUGUCAUUCCGCUUGUAAAGAUAAAAGUCUUUAUUAGCUUAUUUAUACAGUCUAAAGAGGCCACUCCAUACCUGAUACCUCAGGAGGACACGGUAUGGUUCUCACAUUGCGUCCCGUAUCAUUUGAUGAGUGGAGCUGAAAGUGAAGGCAUUCCAGAAGGAGCUCUGGAGCUUGAUCCUACAGCUCUUCCCCUUAACUUGGCAGAGGCUCUUACCUGUGUUGUUCCAGAAAGCAGUUCACUAAAAGGCCUGAAGUUUGAUGCCAAAUAUGCUGGCUCAUCCAGUGGAAAUAAUUCUCACAAGGGAUCCAUGAAGGUUGGGGAGAGGCAACAUGCUACGUGCACAAAUGCAGGGAUCUUUACAAAGACACCGGCGGCUGAGAACAGAGGACAUAACACUCCAUUUUCUGUAGGAGGUACAGAUGUUGAUGAGCUAUCUGGUCAUAUUGUUCAAGCAAAAGUAUCAUGUCCUGAAUUUUUCAACUUUGACCAACUUCGAGGUGUAAAUCAGUUUAGAAUGAACCAGGUCUGGGCUGUCUAUGAUAGUCGAAGCUGUAUGCCAAGAUCUUAUGCUCGAAUUACAAAGGUAAAGAGGGCCCCCAAGUUUAUGGUACACUUUAUUUGGCUGGAGUUUGAUCCCACAAAUAAAGAGGAGCUGGCUUGGUCUUGUGGGGAACUGCCUGUUGCUUGUGGACAUUUCAGGCGUGGAAAAUCAGAAACAGCUCAAGAAACUUGCAUGUUCUCUCAUACUAUUUCCUGUCAGAAAAGCAAGAUGAGAAACUCCUAUGAUAUAUAUCCUAGGAAAGGUGAAGUUUGGGCCCUUUUUAAGGGAUGGGACAUUGGUUGGGGUUCAGAUGCUGGCAACCACACAAACUAUGAGUAUGAGGUUGUUCAAGUUGUCUCUGAUUUCACUACAGGAACUAGCAUCAUCGUCAUGCCGCUUGUAAAAAUAAAAGGUUUCGUCAGCUUAUUUAUGCAGUCAAAAGAGGGAAGUGCGUACCCGAUACCGCGGGAUAGCACACUGAGGUUUUCACAUUGUGUCCCUCAUCAUCUGAUGUGUGGAACUGAAAGAGAAGGCGUUCCACAAGGAAGUCUUGAGCUCGAUCCUGCAGCACUCCCCCUUCAUUUGGAAGAGGCCUUUGCUUCUGUUGUCCUGGAAAAAAGUUCAGCAAAAUGUCAGGAGUUUGAUGCCAAAUGUCCUGGUUCAUCAGGUGGAAAUAACUCUCGCAAGGGAUCCGUUAGGUACGGAGAGAAGCAAGAUGCGACAUGCAUGAACACAUGGACGUUUGCAAAGAUGCCAAAAGAAGAGAAGACAGAGCAUAACACUCCAUCUGCUGUAGAAUGUACACAUGUUGGUGAGAAAUCUGAAGAUAUUGUCCGAACAGAAUAUGAAUGUCCGGAUUCAGAGUUCUAUGAAUUUUCAGAAACAAGACUGCUUCCCAAGUUCGGACCUGGGCAGAUCUGGUCCAUCUACAGCGAUAUCGAUAAGUUCCCCAAUUACUAUGCCUUCAUAGAGAGUGUUGAUCUCAAGAACAACAAAGUACAAGCAAGAUGGCUUGAUGCAUGCCCCCGGGGAGAGGAGGAGAGAAGACUGGUGACAGAAGAUCGGCCUGUUGGCUGCGGAACCUUUAAGGUUUCCACUGCGCAGGGCCUUAUGACUUACACUGGUGCAGAAAUAGCAGAAUGCUUUUCUCGUCUUGUGCUUGCUAGACCAACUGGCAGACGAAACGAAUAUGAAAUCGUGCCUCGCCUUGGUGAGGUCUGGGCCGUUUACAAGGACUGGAAGGCUGGAUGGACUGCACGCCAUUUUAGCAGCUGUGACUAUCAGUUGGUGGAGAUAUUCUGCCACACUAAUUCGUCCAUACGAGUUCGGCUGUUAAGAAAGGUUGAUGGUUACAGGGCAGUAUUUACAAAGGAGACAACUGUGGAGACCAUAGGCAAGGAUGAGUACCUGAAGUUCUCUCACCAGAUCCCUUGCUUCCAUCUGACAAACGAAGGAGGAGGCAAGCUUCGAGGCUGUUUGGAGCUGGAUCCUUAUUCCGUGCCGGAGAAGUUUCUCCUGACUGAUUGA